AUGAUGAGCGAUUUGGGCGAAGACCUCUUGUCUGACAUCCAGCCAACCAUUCACUCGUCCAACAGUUCCGGUUCCGCACAACACGACCACCCGAUGGCCAGUCAGUCGUCUAGCGGUGGCCAAAGUGGUGGCACCGCUUCCGUCACCGCCGAUGGUGUGGCUCUUCAACAGACGACCGUAUCGUUUGAUAAGCAGACAGUUCUGGCGGUUCUUCAGUUCCUCAAGAAAAACAAUUUGCAACAAACGGAGACUCAAUUCCGCAAAGAGUCGCGUCUGAUGUCGCUGUUGACCGAAGACGAGGUCCGACACAUCGACGCAAACAACGGCCAGAACGGCACCAAUGAGUCCAAUCUGACGGAUGUGCUCAAGACAUAUAAGAGUGAAGAGAAUCCGGACAUCUAUGAAGACAAUUACAAUACGCUCCGGAAGUUCAUCGAGUCGUCGCUGGACUCGUACCGACACGAACUGCUCCGACUUCAGUACCCGGUCUUCGUUCACAUGUAUUUAGAGCUUGUGGUGAACGGACACGAAGAGCGGGCCAUUCAGUUCAUGCGGAAGUUUGGUCCGCAACAGGAGUUCUACUACGAAGAAGACAUCAAUAAGUUGUCAGUCGUGACUAAAACGGAACACUUGAGCGCAAACAACGAUAUCAUCGAUUCGUUCCGAACUCAACAGAAGUUAUACACACUUCGGGUGUCGAGGGAUUCGUACAACUAUUUGAAGCGAUUCCUUCAGGAGAAGUCCAAACCUAAUACUCAGAUCUUCCAGAAUAUCAUUCACGAGUAUCUCAUACUCGAUGUGUACGAAGGCUUGACCCGAACCAAAGGUCAAGUGGAAGCGGUGGCGGGCGGUAUGAUUGGCGAACCGCGACGCGACGCCAACAAAUCCAAAGUGUUUUACGGACUCUUCAAAGAGCCCGAACUGAAGAUCGAUAUAACGGACAUCGAAAUGGACGACUCGUUCAUCGAGUCGUCGCUGGACUCGUACCGACACGAACUGCUCCGACUUCAGUACCCGGUCUUUGUUCACAUGUAUUUAGAGCUUGUGGUGAACGGACACGAAGAGCGGGCCAUUCAGUUCAUGCGGAAGUUUGGUCCGCAACAGGAGUUCUACUACGAAGAAGACAUCAAUAAGUUGUCAGUCGUGACCAAAACGGAACACUUGAGCGCAAACAACGAUAUCAUCGAUUCAUUCCGAACUCAACAGAAGUUAUACACACUUCGGGUGUCGAGGGAUUCGUAUAACUAUUUGAAGCGAUUCCUUCAGGAGAAGUCCAAACCUAAUACUCAGAUCUUCCAGAAUAUCAUUCACGAGUAUCUCAUACUCGAUGUGUACGAAGGCCUGACCCGAACCAAAGGUCAAGUGGAAGCGGUGGCCGGCGGUAUGAUUGGCGAACCGCGACGCGACGCCAACAAAUCCAAAGUGUUUUACGGACUCUUCAAAGAGCCCGAACUGAAGAUCGAUAUAACGGACAUCGAAAUGGACGACUCGGUUGGCGCCGAUGGCGGCGAAGGUGUGGCCGAAAAGCCAAAGAAAAAGUCAAAGAAGAAGGACUCGUCUCAGGCAAAGAAGGCCAGAACUGAUCCGAACGCUCCGCCACUGAAUCGCAUACCAUUACCCGAACUCAGAGACGCGGAACAGAAAGAUAAGGUGAGAGCGCGUAACGACUCGACCAAAGCGCUGAAGUUGGGACCGGAAACGUUGCCAUCGAUUUGCUUCUACACCGUAUUGAACGCACAACAGAACCACGAAAUGGCCGCUCUUUGCGCCGAUGUGUCCGAAGAUUCCACUUUAUUGGCCGCCGGUUUCUCAGACUCUUUGGUCCGCGUUUGGACCCUCUCUAACAAUAAGCUUAAGGUAAUGAAACCCGUGUCUGAUUUGGAAUUGAUCGACAAAGAAGUGGAUGACGUUCUCUACCGAAUGAUGGACGACAAGAAUACGUUUGAUAAUAAAGUAUUGGCCGCACAUUCCGGUCCCGUCUAUGCCGUUAGCUUUAGUCCGUCCAGAGAUCUACUGCUCUCCUGUUCAGAAGACUCGACGAUCCGUUUGUGGAGUCUAUUGACGUGGACUAACGUUUGCUGCUAUAAAGGCCACUGUUUUCCCAUUUGGGACGUGAAGUUUAGUCCUCACGGAUACUACUUUGCGUCCGCUUCGCACGACAGGACUGCACGACUCUGGGCUACCGAUCAGUACAACCCUUUGAGACUCUUUGCCGGACACAUAUCCGAUGUGGACGUAAGCGUCAAUUUACUCAUAUUGGCAGAACUGACGGGACAUUACGACACGAUCUACUCAUUGAGUUUCAGUCGAGGUCUGGAGGGAACGAUGUUGGCCUCCGGCGGUACCGAUGACUCCAUAGUGUUAUGGGAUAUUCAAACACUAUUGGAAGAGAUUGACGCCGAAGACAUCUCUGUGAACCAAUCGCCUGCAAUCAAGAAUAAUAGCCAGCAGUUUCUGUUGGGCUCCUAUAGGACUAAAUCAACGUAUAUAUUAUCGACACAUUUCACGCGCCGUAAUCUACUUCUCGGGAUCGGAAUAUUUCAUUAAUUAUUACAUUCGGUCUUAAUUUGAUUUUUAUUGUUUAUUAUAUUUUUUCAAUCGAUAAAAUGUGUUCAAAAAAUGUGUGCAAAUUAUGUGACAUUUAAUUCAUAAAUAAGUGACAAACCAUUUGAUAGAAUUAAUUGAAUUGAGAUUUUUUAUCAUGUUUUGCUGUAAAGUUUGAAUGAGAUAUCAAUUAAUUAUCAUUGAUAUUAGAUUUAUAUGUUUUUAUUCACGCAAACGAUUCGCCCAACGAAUCGAUGGACACUAAUGCGAUGGGAGAUCCGUUGACACUAAGAAUCGCUUUGUUUUUGUUGAGUUUGGUGUUGAGGGCGGCGGCGGAGGCAGUGGUCGACGGCGUAGUCAUCGACACGUAUGACUUGAUUUCCCUAUUCUUAUCACUUAAACGCGGUGUCGUCGCGAACCACAGAAGCGCUAUCACACAGAAUAUGAGUCCACUUAUUACAAACAGAAUCGUCGAUAAUAUCUGAUUCCAGUAUUGGUCUACAAAACACAAACA